GAAUGCUCGCGCAUCUAUAAUUCUAUACAGAUGAACACAUGCAUGCGUAUAUUAUAUACACAUUACCUACAGCUCGCGAGUGCAAGCAUCAUCAGGGCAUCACGCAUCAGGCGUUUAUUUUUGAGACGAACGUACUAGAAUCUUCGCGGUAAAUGCCGGCAGAGUAAAAUAAAUAGUUGAAGAAACUGCACACAAUAAAAUUCACUCACGAUGGCAGACGACAACAAUUUAGAAAUUUGUUAUAAUCGGGGUUGUGGAAAAAAAUUUGACCCCAACAAUAAUAACAAAGAAGAUUGCCAACAUCACCCUGGUCAUCCAGUCUUCCAUGAUGCUUACAAAGGGUGGUCCUGUUGUAACAAAAAAUGUACAGACUUUACAGAAUUCUUAAGUAUCAAAGGUUGCACAAAAUCAAAACAUUCGAACAUUAAACCACCAGAGCUGCCAAAGCCAGUAGUAGACAAAUCAAAGGCAAAUGAGGUUAUAGAAGUCUCCGUCAAGCCUUUGAAUAGUACACCAGCGUUAGAGCGUCCUCCAUUUGAGUCUCCACAAGUUACAUUAAAGCCUACAGUUUCUCCAGCUUUAUUAGAACAAAUUCAGGGACUUACGGUAUUGGACAGCACAAAAAAAGAUGUAAAUAGUAUAGCUAUUGGACAAAGUUGUAAAAAUAAUUCGUGCAAAAGAACUUAUCAAGGUCCAGCAUCUAAUGAUGAAGUUUGUACAUAUCAUCCUGGAGUACCAAUCUUUCACGAAGGAUUGAAAUACUGGUCUUGCUGUCAAAAGAAGACAACUGAUUUUGCUGUUUUCUUGGAGCAACCUGGAUGUUCCCAAGGAAAUCAUGUAUGGGUUCAAAAGGGUGCUAGUAAUAAAAAGGUAAAGUGUAGAAUGGAUUGGCACCAAACUGGAACACAUGUUAUUGUAUCAGUUUAUGCUAAAAAGUAUAAUCCAGAUUCGUCAUUCAUAAAAUUGAAUCCAGUACAUCUAACAGUAGACUUAUAUUUUCCUGAAGAAAAUUCAAGGUACAAUCUCGACAUAGAAUUAAGAGGGAUUGUGGAUGUAGAUGCCAGCUCCGCAACUAUGUUGCCAACAAAAACUGAGAUUAAAUUAAGAAAAAAGGAGCCAGGCUCUUGGAGUAAGUUAGAUAUUCCACGACAGAUUACAACAGAAGAACCAGAAGAAACUGCUGAAGACAACAUUACUUCUCAAGUGGAUGCUGUUGAUCUUAGUGAUAUUUAAUUUUUAUUUUGAAGCAGUUUAUUAUUGAUAAUUAGACAAAUGAUUCUGUUCAUAAGAUUGUUGUAUGAGAAUUACUUUUUUUAUCUUUUGUUCAAAACCAUGCAUCAAUAUUUAAGUUUAUGCAUUUUAAAUCUAAUGAACGAAAUACUGCCCCAUGUAUCUAUUAGUUUGAUAAAUGCAAUUUCAAUUUCAUAAAAUAUUAAAAAUAAAUUAUAUUUUUCAUUUAUCUCUUAAUUAUAAAG